CGGAGAAAAUAUUUCCUUGGCUUGGCUCGCCACUAUGAUUCGCUCUCUGCAGCUUUAGGCAUUACGGACGAUUGGCCUGGCGCCCUUUCAUCGCUCAUCCCGGUGCCAAGGUGCCAAUUACGUUCUUUUGGUUGCCUGCCCAGAGGCUCGUAAAGAGCCAAGAGAGUGGCUGAGAGCGACUUGAGAGGUAGAGCGACCGAGGAUGGCAAAAGGCCGCCCCGGUAUAUGUACAUUAGCAUGCUCAGCUCAUCGGAUAUGGAGCCAUAUUUGCAGAGAGGAGGUGAGAGGCGUGCAUCAGCUCGCCAGCACUGAUGCCUCAGUACUCUAUGCUCACACGCCGACUUGUUCUAUUCGCCGCAGUUGUUAUCCCUUAAGUCUCCAUAUCUACCCCCGCUCUCUUUCUCUGGUCGUCUUCGAAUUUUGCCACUUCACCUCGAAAUCGAAGUCGAAAUGGAUCUUCAACCUUCUUGUGCGGUACCAUGUAUCUCCUCUGCCAUGUUGGCAGUGGGAUGCAAAGUCAAUGAUCAGUCUUGUGGUUGUACGCCCGCUCUACAACAAUCGAUCGGAAACCUCGCUGCUAGCUGUCUCAUAGCGAAUUGCCCUGUCACCGCACUGGUGGACAUUGACAAUGCUGGGAAAGCGGGAUGCGCUGCGUAUUCAUUAACUUACAUGUUCUCAAACACACAUACGACAAUGGCCAGCGCGACUAUAAGUUUAACCUCCUCGCUACCUUCGCCCACGGGUGCCAUAUCAUCUUCCAGCGGAACCGCCAUACCGAUUACAAGAUCGAGCAGCUCAAGUCCUAUCAAUUUUCCUGCUCCGACAUCGAGCGCCCAAGCCCCGUUACAAACAAACUCAAAAUUACCAACACCCACGAUCAUAGGAGUUGGCAUCGUUAGUUUCGUCCUUAUCUUUGUCAUUGCUUUUGUCAUGUUCUGCUGCCUGCAUCAUCGACGAGUAAACUUGAGGGCAUCACUUAGAAGAUCCGACUCCGAACUCUUCUCUCUGGUCCACACACCCGAGCUCGAGACCAGGUCUACCAAAUACGAGAUGCUCUCCCCAUCCUCUGAAAUAGCAUCGAGAAUCCAGGACCGGACUUCAAUCUACGAGCUCUCGUCGGAAGAGUCAUUGCUUCCGGCUCCAUUGGCGAGGGUUGCGAGGAAAAGUCAGGAUGAGAUGGAUGAGUUGUUCCGCCAUGAUGCGAUGGUGUUAGCGAAGGCGGAUGGGGUGAAAUCGGAGAGGAAAACGCCGCAGAUUAUGGUUCACCUUGCGGAUCAGCAGAGAGCGGCGGUUCGAAAACCGCGGAGAUUAAGGAAGAUGGAGAAAGUUACGAGUCUGAGGGAGUUGAAAUUGGGGAAGGAGACGUUGGACUGGGAUUGAGAAAAAUCGGAAACGAAUUGAACUGGAAAGGGGGAGCUGGGAAGAGAGAAGUGGAAGAAAUUCUAUUUUCAGUAUCGAGUAAGGGGAUGAAAGGGCCUCGGGAGCUACACGGUCGCGACGUUGGUUUUGAUGGGUGUGGUCCUCUGUGAGGAGGGGGAUAAGAGCACUCGCUGCACUCCAGACCCUCCACAGAAAGAUGUAUGGGACCUGGAAUGUUGGAUUUGGUUACAAACUUUUUGUAAAUAGAUGAUACCACGAGGAUGCAACCAGCUAGCCUCGAGCAGAAACGAAGUCAUGAAUAAAGAG